CGUCCCGAUGGCCAACCGCUCGCAGUGCCUGGAGGACGCCCCCUUCCGCGCCUGGGACCCCCGCGCCCCGCCGCCUCCUCCGUACAGCGAGGCGCAGCGCCUGGCCCUGGAGGAGCUGGUGGGCGGCGGAGGGAGGGCGGCCUUCGUGGCUUUCCUGCGGCGGGAGAAGCUGCGCCCGUUCCUCUCGGAGCCCGAGAUCCAGGGCCUCCUCCGCAGCGCCCGCCCUCCGCCGCCGCCGCCGCCGGAGGAGAGCCUGGCCUCGCAGGAGCGGCUGAACGCCUCCUCCUCCCUGGACUGCUCCUCGCUCACCUACUUCCCGCUGCAGUCCGACGCGGAGCCUCCGGUGCUGGAGCUCGGGUGGCCGGGCUUCGUCAGCGGGUCCUUCCGGGGACUCACCCGCGUCGAGACCUACUUCCAGCCCAGCUUCGGGGAGAGCGUCUACCCCUGCAAGGAGGCCGUCCGCAGGCAGAUCCGCUCCGCCAAAGAGGUUAUUGCUAUAGUCAUGGACUCCUUCACAGAUCUGGACAUUUUUGGUGAUCUCCAAGAAGCAUGUAGAAAAAGGCUGGUUCCAGUCUAUAUUCUUUUGGAUCAGGCAUUUCUUACUCAUUUCAUGGCAAUGUGCAGAAAUCUAGAAUUCUGUCCUGAACAGGAAAAUCUGAUGAGAGUCCGAACAAUUACAGGCAACACUUAUUAUGCAAGAUCAGGAGCCAAGAUAAUAGGGAGUGUUCAUGAGAAGUUCAUGUUGGUUGAUGGUGUAAGAGUAACUACAGGCUCCUACAGUUUCACAUGGACUGAUGGGAAGUUAAAUAGCAGUAACUUGUUGCUACUCUCAGGUCAAGUGGUUGAACAUUUUGACUUGGAGUUCCGGAUCCUUUAUGCACAAUCAAAGCCUAUUGACUCAAAGCUACCAUCCAGCUGCAGGAACAGUGGUGCCCACGAACAUAUAGCUAACAAAACAACACCUUGCAAAGAUUUCACUGUGGGUAACCUUCUGAGAGCUGAGUUUGCCAGGCUUUCAAGCAGUCCUCAAAAGCUUGAGCGAGAGCUGCUACUAGCUAAAGAGCUCCAAGGGUUAACUCAAAGGGGUAAUGCUAAACACCCACACCUUAGUAGUGAGGAAGACCUACACAAUGCUCCUGAAGCCUUAGCAAAGCCUAAAAAGACAGUCAGUCUGUCAACUCAGACUGAACCAUUGGAAGAGAAGCCCAUGACAGCACUCUUUAGUUGUGCCACACAAACCAGUAUUUCAGUGGCAACUGCGACCACACAGACAACAACUCGCUCCAGAAUGGUGGGCACACAGACAACUGUUCUGUUCAAGACUGCCACAACACAAACAGACCAGAAGCCAGCUGUGGAAGUGGCUGCGGAUCAGACUGUACCUGAGCAGAGACCUCCUGAUCAGAGAGUGCCUUCUAAAGAAGGAUCUCCUGUUUCUAGGAAGUCCACAUCAACUUCUUCUAGUGGGUGGUCAGUUUCUUCCCUGUCUUCCCAGUGCUCUCGGGCAAGUUCUGCUGGUUCACUGUCAUCCCUUAGAUCCAUGGACUACUCUGUCAACCAUCGGGGAGACUAUUUCCGCAAACAAAACAAGGAGAGGGAGUUCCACUAUUCUGUCAUCCGGUGCAAACUUAACCACAUGGUUUCCAUGCUCUCCAGGAGGGGGAACAUUGUUGACAACUACAUAGCUUGCCAUCCCAUGAGGUGCAACUUAAAACCUAGGCACCAAAUCAGCACGAGCUUAAUAAACCUCCGGGAUUUUGCACUGUAUACAUCAAAUGACUGUUUCUGAGAAGUAGAGGAAUGGAAGACCUGGUGCACAUAAAGUAGCUGCUAUAUUAGAGUUGUUAGAAUGAAAACUGGAGAGGGCUCUUGUACCUAUAACAGUUGUGUAAAAGAAGGAAUUUCAGCAGGUGUCAUGUCACACAACCAGGUAAAAAGAAACACCUGC